AUGAGCAAUCCCGCUGUAUUUUCACUGUCUGGCUUCAACUCAACUGUCAACUACAGAGUGACUCUUUCCUCUCUCACUUUAUUGACGUAUGGUGCAAUUCUGGUGGUAAACGUGACUCUCAUUUUAACCAUAAUAUUGGAUCAGAGCCUACACGAACCCAUGUACAUUUGUUUGUGUAACUUGUGCAUCAAUGCAAUUUAUGGGACUACAGCUUUUUACCCAAAGUUUGUGUAUGAUCUUCUGUCUGAUAUUCAUGUGAUAUCAUAUGUGGGAUGCUUUUUGCAGGUCUAUAUUAUAUACUCAUAUGCAACAAUCGAUUUCUCCAUUUUAGCUCUGAUGGCCUAUGACCGGUAUGUGGCCAUAUGUCGACCACUGAAGUAUCACUCUGAGAUGUCCAUGCGCAGGACUUCUGUCUUAGUGUUUCUGUCCUGGCUUGUGCCUCUCGUCUUUGAGAUACUGGUUUUAACUUUGACAUCCACACUGAAACUGUGUAGCUCUCACAUAGAGAAGCUCUACUGUGCGAACUGGUCAAUUGUUAAACUUGCUUGUAGUUCAACGAAGGCAAACGACAUUGUCGGACUGCUUAUCAUUUCCAUCUACAUAGGGCACGUCGUCUUCAUUUUUACUUCAUAUGUGCACCUGGUGCGGUCAGCGUUGAAAUCCAGAGAGAGCGUGAGGAAGUUUACACAGACAUGUGUGCCACAUUUAUUGUGUUUGCUCAAUGUCACGGCCGCUCUGCUCUUUGACCUCAUGUACUCUAGAUAUGGAUCAGCGUCUGUGCCGCAGAGUCUGAAGAACUUCAUGGCCGUACAGUUUCUCAUGGUCCCACCCCUGCUCAACCCGAUUAUUUAUGGAGUGAUCCUGACGAGAAUUCGACACAGAAUAAUAUCUUUUUUUCACAAAGAGCCGAACAAGAGCAGAAUGUGUAGAGCAGACCUCAAAGGUGAUUGACCAUUUGUCCAGUAACACAGUGACACUACUACAGAUGCUGUCACUUCGUUCUCACGCCAGGAAGGAGAGUUGGUCCAACUGCGAACAAUAAUCUACUGAAUUCUUUGUUGAUGGUUUAGUGUGUGUGUGUGUGUGUGUGUGUGUGUGUGUGUGUGAAAUGGAA